UGUUUGAUUCCUAUGAAGAUAUUAUCUUACUGUCAACAGAAACAUCUACGAAAAGAACUUCGAAAUCAAACUCAAAGACACAAUUUCGUAAUGACAAAAAAUCAGAAACAUAUGUAUUUGUUACAAAUAAUCAAACAAGUUCAUUUAGAAUUGUGUAAAAUAUCAAAAACAAUAUGUAUAAUCUUCGGCGUACAGAUAGCUUUUGAAAUAGGAAUAACUAUUAUAUUCCUAACUGCAUCUCUCUACGCUUUGUACAUUCGAUAUAUUGAACAACAACAGACGAUAACAAGCACUUCAAUGCAACAAACAGUUAUAAUAAUCCUAUCACGUGUUGUUGAUAUUCUAAAAAUUACAUUUUUAAGUCGCGUUUGCGAAGGUGCAGCCGAUGAGGGGAAUAAAACUAUCGAGAUUGUUUAUUCGAUUUACGGAUGUAAUACAGAAUCUGGUAUGCAAGAGGAGAUUCAACAAUUUGGUAUUCAAAUAUCACAAAGUCCGGUGAGAUUUUCUGCAUAUGGUAUUUCUUUGGAUAAUCGAGUUCUUACUAUGAUGCUGAAAAUUGUAACAACCUACUUAGUUAUAAUGAUACAAGUAAGCAACUCAUUGGAGUCUGAUUAA